AUGUGGAUUGCUACCGGCUUUGACAAUCUUCGUCGUUUACGCACCGACAUCGAACUAUGGCAAAGAAGAAGUCGGAGUAUUCUAAAUGGACUUGGAGAAGUUUUACAGAGUAAACCAUACAUUCUUCAAGGUCGUCGUUGGAUUUUUCAAUGCCAAGAUUGGAUCAAAAAGAGCGUCUCAAGAACGUCACAUUGGGACCAACGGAUUAGAAUAGAACGAACAGGUGAGCGGCUUUUCGAGUUUAUCAUGACGAGCAAGACCACCCAUGGUAAGUCGCAAUUCCAGAAGCCCCAGCCUCAAGGCGAGUCCUCCACUGGAGAGUGCCAUAACGAAAUAGACCAUCUGUAUCCUCUGUCAUCUCUAGUCCCGUUGAUUGUCGAGUGA